GAUGUAAUGAACUCUCUGAAGAGCCGUAUAGAAAAGCUACAGUGUCAUUUUACAUGGAACUUGCUUGAUGAGGAAGUGCACUUGGAUAACAUAAAAGGCAGGCUUAAAACCCAAGUUGAAUUUUUAAGUGCUUCCUCGAAAUGCAGGUUAUACAAUAUCCUGGCCUAUGCCAGUUAUCUGAGUGAGGACCAUGAGGAAGCUACUGAUUAUCUACUCAAAGCUGAGGAACAACUCCAAGACACUGAGACCGAGGACAAUGAAGCAAAAAGGAUUAUAAUCUAUGCCAACUAUGCCUGGAUAUUCUACCACAGAAACCACACUACAAAAGUUUAUAAAUAUCUUAAAAAGGUUAAAGAAAUCAGCAACAAAUUUGAGUCUCCGCCACUACAGAAUGUUCUUCUAUUUGAGAUGUACAGCGAGAAGGGUUUUUCUCUAUUAUCCUUUCAUGGAAGACACAGUGAAAGAGCAAAAGACUGCUUUGAGAAAGCUCUGGACCUGGAUCGAGAGAACCCAGAGCUGAAUUCUAGCUAUGCUAUUGCUGUGUAUAAACUUGAAGGUCCCAACUGCCUGACGAAACCAUUACAUGAGUCAUUUCCACUUCUGAAACGAGCUGCAGAAUUAAACCCAAAAGAUACAAUGGUGAAGGUCCUUCUGGGCUUGAAAUACCAAGAUCAGAAAAAUUCCAAAGCAGGCCUAAUACAUAUAGAAGAAGCUCUGAGAGGAACACCGGAAUUUCCAUUUUUGCUUCGUUAUGUUGGAAAAUUUUACAGGAGAGCAGAAAUGAUCGACGAAGCCAUUUUGGUCCUUAGUGAAGCAACAAGGUUAAAUCCUACAUCAUGCCAUCUUCAUUACCAACUGUCCCUAUGCUACAAAAAAAGAAUUACCACCUUAAAGAAGUCUGCUCGUAAAGCAAAGUUAAAGUUUCAGUCCACCAGGGGCUAUACAGAGAACAUUUCUAAAGCAGUCUCCAGUGCCAUCCUUCAUUUGGAAACGGCUACUAAGUACAGAAAGACAUUUGUAUCUGCUUAUUUAGCCCUAGCCUUCAUGUAUGGGAGAGCUGAGCAAUACCAGAAAGCAGACGAAAUAUACCACCAAGUUCUGAACAUGGACAACCUCACGGAGGAGGAAAAACAGAAACUUCACCUGAUGUGGGCACAGUAUGAACUAUAUAAAAGAAAUUGUCAAAGUGAGGCAAUAAAGCAUUACAAAGAAGCCGUACAAAUACAAUGUCCCACAGUAUACAGAAAAUAUGCUAUACAAGAUUGCAAGGCUCUUGCUGAAGACAUUCUCACCAGGAUUGAAUUUGAUGACACUGGAAUUGAUUUGCUAGACUUCAUUCAUGAACAAGAUGGUAAUGUACCAGAAUCUGACAUGAAUUGUACAACCUUGGAACUUGAUUCAGACAGUGAAGAGUAA